AUGGCGACCUCCGGGAGCGAUUCCCAGUGGCCGCAGCCUUCCUCUCUCCAGGGAAGCUUGGGCAAUCCACGAACAGGAGCCCAGUCGAUAAUGUUGCGCUCAGAGAAAGAGCGCAGGUCGUCUUUUCCCCUGGGGCAGAGACCGACAGAGCCUCAGUUCCGAGCCUCUUACCUGCUCCAGCAGCUCAUUCGUAGAUACCGGGAGGCAGACGCAGACGAGGGCGAGGAAAAGGAAGAAGAGGAAUCCGAGGAGUCCUCAGACUCAGAGAUGCUGAAUUUGGAGAAGGAAUUUGAUGGGGUCCUGAGAGAGGAGGCCGUGGCUGAGGCACUCUACCAAUUGGGGCGCUCAGGGUCUGGGACGGAGCAGGCCUACCUCAGCCUGACUUUAUCGGGCUGUGACUUAAUUGACAUUAGCAUUCUCUGUGGAUAUGUUCACCUGCAGAAGUUGGAUCUCUCAGUAAAUAAAAUUGAAGAUUUGUCUUGCGUGAGUUCAAUGCCUUAUCUUCUAGAACUUAAUGCUUCCCAAAAUAAGCUGACUACAUUCUUCUAUUUCAAGCCACCCCAAAAUCUCAAGAAGGUGGAUUUUUCCUGCAACCAAAUUUCUAGAAUGUAUGAUUUGUCGGCAUACCAGGCUCUCACUAAACUAAUUUUGGACAACAACCAGAUAGAAGAAAUCUGUGGAUUAGAGCUGUGCCGCAAUCUAACUCACCUUAGUUUGGCCAAAAACAAGAUCACAAGGAUUAACGGCUUAGGCAUGUUACCAAUCAAAAUACUCUGUCUGAGCCACAACCAGAUUGAGAAGAUCACAGGUCUGGAUGACCUAAAAGCUCUGCAGACCGUGGAUCUGUCCUACAAUCAGAUCAGUAGCUUCCAAGGCUUAGAGAAUCACGACUUCUUGGAAGUGAUCGACCUAGAAGAUAAUAAGGAAAAAUCUGAAUACUGGCUGUUCGUCAUUUUUAUGCUGCUGCAAUUAACAGAGUUAGAUCAGAAGAAGAUUAAAGUGGAAGAAAAGGUUGCCGCAGUGAAUAGAUACAACCCUCCCCCGGAAGUGGUCGCAGCUGAAGAUCACAUGACCCAUGUCGUCAAUAGCCUGAUGCAGCCACAGAGGAUCUUUGACAGCACUCUUCCCAGCCUGGACGCCCCUUACCCCAUGUUGGUGUUAGCGGGUCCUCAAGCCUGUGGCAAACGUGAACUCGCCCACCGCCUCUGCAGGCAGUUCAGCACUUACUUCAGAUACGGGGCCUGUCACACCACGAGACCCCCUUACUUUGGAGAAGGGGACCGAGUUGAUUAUCAUUUUAUCUCUCAAGAAGUUUUUGAUGAAAUGCUAAACAUGGGGAAAUUCAUUCUAACAUUUAAUUAUGGUAAUCACAGCUACGGAUUAAAUAGGGACACCAUAGAAGGUAUCGCAAGAGAUGGUUUAGCAAGCUGUGUUCAUAUGGAAAUAGAAGGUGUAAGGAGUUUGAAAAAUUCCUAUUUUGAGCCUCGAUAUAUCCUGGUGGUACCCAUGAACAAGAAAAAUUACGAGGGAUAUUUGCGGAGAAAAGGAUUAUUCAGUCGUGUGGAGAUUGAAUUUGCUGUCUCCAGGGUGGACCUUUAUGUUGAAAUUAAUCAAACAUUUCCAGGAUAUUUUGACGCAGUAAUCAAUGCAGAUGACCUGGACGCUGCGUACCAACAGCUGAGUCAGCUCGUCAGAGAAUACCUUGGAUUGUCUGAGGAAACUGCCAAGAGUUUGGCUCCAACUGCAGAUAUUAAGACAUCUCAGCUGAAUUUUGAAAAGUCUUUCAAGAAGCCUAGUGUUUUGAGUUCGUAUGAUUUUCUGGAUUCUACAGACAGAAACUACUUUGCGAAAUUAUGGGCCAAACUUUCAGCCAAGAAAACACCAGUGGAAAUAAAUUCCUUGGAGAGACAGUAUAAGACAGCCCGGCAAGCCCUAAUGGGAAAGACCCCUCUUCAUCACACACUCCUCUUUCAAAGGGGUGCGGUACCAGCGCCUGUCAUCAAUGGGGUACAUUAUUUCGCAGCUUUAGAACUAGAAAAAAGUCUUGAGCUUUGUGAAGAUUCUUUUAAAGCUCCCUUUGGAAGAUACUCUGAAAAGAGCGUGGAUUCCCAGGUUCCCGUGGAAUAUUCUGCACUGUUUCAGCCUUGUCCAUGGCCAAAAGAAUUGCCUUUUCAAUCUCAAGAGUGCAGUAUUUAUUCAUACCCAGCAUCAGAAACAAGUGAAAGUAAAGAGGAUAAGGCCCCAGAAGCACCACAUAAACCGUCACAUCUGUCUGCAAAAGUGUCUCUCCAAUACAAAAGACACCAGACGUCGUUUGUCAGUCGCCCAGGUUCCAACACCAAACCCACCCUUCCUCCGAUCCCUCAGGGCCGCAAGUAUACCAGUGUUUGACAUUUGAUCUUAACAUGGAAAGCUUGCGCUGAUCAUGUGCAGUGCCUUUG